UCUAGACCACAGUGUCUGCCUUCUAUUCUCCUAAUCCGCCCAUUCCUCCAAAAUCCCAAAUAACCAAAGGCAAUGGUUCACUGUGCUGGAUGCGAAAGGCCCAUUCUGGACCGUUUCUUGUUGAAUGUGCUGGACAGGGCUUGGCAUGUGAAAUGCGUGCAGUGCUGUGAGUGUAAGUGCAACCUGACCGAGAAAUGCUUCUCCAGGGAGGGCAAGCUCUACUGUAAAAACGACUUCUUCAGGCGCUUUGGUACCAAGUGUGCGGGCUGUGCCCAGGGGAUCUCCCCCAGUGACCUAGUCAGGAGGGCAAGGAGCAAAGUGUUCCACUUGAACUGUUUCACCUGCAUGAUGUGUAACAAACAGCUCUCCACUGGAGAGGAACUUUAUAUAAUCGAUGAGAACAAGUUCGUCUGCAAAGAAGAUUACUUAAACAACAACAACGCUGCCAAAGAAAACAGCUUUAUCUCAGUAACAGGCAGUGACCCCAGUUUAUCUCCUGAAUCUCAAGACCCGUUGCAAGAUGACGCUAAAGACUCUGAAAGUGCCAAUGUCUCUGAUAAGGAGGCUGGGAUUAAUGAAAACGACGACCAAAACCUUGGGGCGAAAAGAAGGGGACCUAGGACCACUAUCAAAGCCAAACAGUUGGAGACGCUGAAAGCAGCAUUUGCAGCUACACCAAAACCGACCCGACACAUAAGGGAGCAGCUGGCACAGGAGACUGGUCUCAACAUGCGAGUAAUCCAGGUCUGGUUCCAGAACCGACGAUCCAAAGAGAGAAGAAUGAAACAGCUGAGCGCUCUGGGAGCCCGGAGACACGCCUUCUUCCGCAGCCCCCGAAGGAUGAGACCACUGGUGGACAGAUUAGAGCCGGGAGAACUCAUCCCCAAUGGGCCCUUCGCCUUCUAUGGAGAUUAUCAGAGUGAAUAUUAUGGCCCUGGCAGCAACUAUGACUUUUUCCCACAAGGACCCCCAUCGUCUCAAGCUCAGACUCCUGUAGAUUUGCCAUUUGUACCUUCCUCUGUGCCCGCAGGAACUCCCCUUGGUGCAAUGGAUCACCCGAUCCCCGGACACCACCCAUCUAGUGACGCUCAGAGGUUUACUGACAUAAUGUCCCACCCACCAGGAGACUCUCCAAGCCCAGAGCCCAAUCUACCAGGUUCCAUGCACUCUAUGUCUGCAGAAGUGUUUGGACAAAGUCCCCCCUUUUCUUCUCUAUCAGUCAAUGGAGGUUAUGGCAACCAUUUGUCACACCCACCAGAAAUGAACGAAACGGCAGUGUGGUAGCCUAAGCUGGACAAAAACAGAAAAAAAAUCAGAAAGGACUGGGUACAAUGGGCUACCAUGUAAAGGUUUCCUAUGAAAAUAAC